UUUUGUUUGCAAACAAAUGUUUCACAACUGCUGUAUGGUUUAUGAUUGAUUUUAUUCAAUUCCUAAUAUAUUCUUAAAUCUUUAGUGCAAUGUCAAAAAGAUGUUGUGCAGCUUCCUGCUACAACUCUGUAGCGACAAAUCGAUCCGUGGAAUAUUUUGGAUUUCCAAAGAGUUUGGAAUUUGCAACAGCUUGGGCUAAGGCAGCUGGCCGUGAGGAUUUACUACAGAAGAGUUUGAACAAUAUUAUAAAAUACUUCCUCUGCUCGGAACAUUUUGCCAACGAGUGUUUUGAAGAUCCACCGAAUAACAGAAAACUGAAAAAGAAAUCACGACCGGUUGUGGUUCCUAUACCAACAAUAUUUCAUAAUAACUUCGAGGAAUGUGUAUCCAAUCUACUGAAGGAAGAACGUUGUAGCCAAACAAUUGAAGAACAACUUGAUUACAAUUCUGAUUGUUUACCUCAGGAUAUAAAUGGCAUUGAAAGGCUGGCGGACUGUGAUAUAGCAAUGGGACUCGUAGAGCCAGUACUACUGGGGACAGUAGACGAUUUUAUUAUUACCGAGUCCAACCAAAUCGCGCACACAGAGAUCAUUCCAGAAGUGACCAAACAUGAGUCUGAAAAUGACGAAAAUAACUCAACGCUAGGAAAUCUAUCAGCACGAGAAACUCUUGAUCACAAUGAACACGUUGAACCAAUUAACUGUCGAUUGUGCCUUUCGGUGGAAGAGAAUGAACCCUUCAUUCCUAUUUUCCAAGAAGGAAGCGAGAUUUCAUACAUACUAUAUAAGAUACUGCCAGAUAUGAUAAAACCGAAUGACGGCUUUCCUCAGCAGAUUUGCCUGUUAUGCCAUAGAAAUGCUAUUGUGAGCUAUAAUACUAUCGAGCUGUUUAAGGCGGUGCAAGAGAAAUUGAAAAUAAUGUAACAUAAUUACAUAAUCAUGAUUGUUCUUUCCCUUCUAUUCAAAUGCAAACCAAAAGAGAGUAGAUAUGAUUCAUCAAAGAUAUCAUUGAAUGCUCCCGUUUCAGGUGACAAUGUGAAAACACAAUGAGAACAAAAACUCGAAAACAAAUCAAAUGGUAGAGAAAAAACUACUUUGUACACAAUCAUUAUCUCGAAUAAAUUCAUAACACUAGAUUCUUCAUUUACAUGACAGGCAUUGGCAACAAAAAUGUGGUAUCUGUUUGUAGAAACAAUCUUCUUUCCAAACAACUAGCCUGUAGAUUGUUUAUUCAAUCGUGUAUACACUAUCCGAACAUUCCUCAUUGUAGGUUUAAUCAUGAUAACGCUUUCGAAAACAUUCGUUCAAUAACUGGAGUUGGUUUUCAUUUUUUUGUUCCGAUGAAUAUUCCCAACCCCAUUGUUGCUCGCUUCAUCGUCGACAUCGGAACUAUCGGACUCCCGCGAACUGUCAUUCAUGCCCAAACCGAGAUCACUGCCAUCGCCAAAAUUUCCAGUUGCACGGGCCUGUUCUAACUGACGUACUAAAUUUAUGAAACGGAAAAUAGAGGAAAUUAUUUCAAUUUUUACGUGAAAUAUUCUGUCAAGUAAUAGGAAAAGAUCCCAUAUCUACUAAAAUAACAUAUAGAAAUACAUUACAAGAUAACAUUAAUUACAAACAGAAAACGGUCAUUGUGUGGCCCACAUGAUUGCGACGAAACAGAAGGGAAAGAUGAUCUCUUUCGAUUUGAAACAUGCUUUCGAUCGUGUCUCCCAUAGGUUCCUGCAUCGAACCCUACUCUCUCUGGAAAUAAAUCCAAGCUUCGUUAUUGGAUCUCAAGAGUGGAAGCUGCCUCUCAUCGAGACUACUCUUGAAUGGGCGCUUGUCACAACCGAUCCGGAUAGAACGGUCUGUUCGUCAGGGUGAUCCGCUAUCGAUGUGAUCUACAUACAUCUACUGCUUACACGUUUGGAGCGUAUAUGUGGUGGAGAUAUUUGCGUCGUACGCCGAUGAUAUUACGGCGAUUGUAACUUCAACACCAACCAUCAAUCGUAUUUUUGAAUUAUUCGACGAUUUCGAGAUCACGGCAGGGGCUAAAUUAAACAGACAGAAAACAGUGAUCAUCGGGUUCAGCAAUGUAGAGCCACUGACGAUACCAGGACUACAAACCGUAUAGGAUGUAAAGAUGCUGAGUAGAGGCGAAUGAACUGAAUAGUUUAAACCCUCUUAAAGCCAAAAAGAAGAAGGAGAAGAAAGAUGCUGAGCAUUAUUUUUUCCAAUUCAGUGCGGCUGAUGGCAAAGCACAACAGGAACAAAUUACUGUCUAGAAUCGCCCAAAUUAUGUGGUUACAUAGUAUGCGAUCUCUGAAAUUGGAGCAGAAGAUAAUACUGCUCUGAAUACGUUCAUCACAUCGAAAGUGUGGUACGUCGCGUCUAUAAUACCACCCCAAAACAAACAUACAGACUGCUAAAUUGACUGCGAUUAUGGGAAGAUUCCUGUUUCGUGGGUUACCAGCACGUGUGCCAAUGCAACAGCUUCUUUGCUGUCGCACCACAUAACCACCACCAACGAACGACUAAAUACACUGGUUCUAUCUUAACCCAUUAACAACCAAGCUGUAAAAAUGAUUUUUUUAACAAAAGCCAUUGGUGUAAUUUUGAUAAUUGGCGUUACAGAAACCCCAAUCUUCAAAAAUUAUUUUAUCCGUUUUCGGGAAAAUGACAAAAAUUAAAAAAGGGUCAAAUAAAAACAUUGGCCAAAACCUACAUUUUGUUCCUGUAAGAGGUUCAAUCCAAUGAUUUUCUUCUUACAUCACAAUGUGUGAUCCUUUAUCAAAGUAAUAUUGUAGUAAAGUUAACCUAACAAAAAACAAAACCUUACAAAAUUUAAAAAUAUGUAAUGUGAGGUUAUGUACUUUUCGCCAAUACAAAUUUUAAUGAAAUUCAUAGUAGGAUGUGACUGAUAGACUAAGACUAAGACUAAGUUGAGUGCCACGGUUUUAUACCGAUUGGAUGAACAUUUUUAAACGUAUUAGGACCGUUGUUUCUUAUCGUAGUGGAAGGACUUUCUGUUCGAAAGGGAAUGCUUAUGAGCUCAUAUGCAUAUACUUUUUACUUUUAUUAUUAUAUUAUAUUAUUAUUUCAUCUGACUAUAUGUUGUCAUAUUGAAAUAUUAUUACCAGGGUCAGUGGUUAUUUUAACUGACUCGACUAAUGAAUACAAAUCUGCCUCUUCAUUCAACUGACUUCAAUCCACAUUUCCAUUUCCCCCUGAUACUAAUUUUGUACCCGCAUAUGCAUGUCCAUAUAAAGAACGAAAACUUGAUUCAUGAUGCAAAAAAGUAGUUACCCCAUCAAUGGACGGUUUUUUUUCUACCCAUCGUGAACUCAAACCAACUCACCCGCGCGGAUCUUGCAAAGGCUGAUGUCACAUUAGGCGGAUUCGCCGCCGCGGAUAUCGCGAUGGUUCUCGAUAUGAAUUCGCUUCCAAAACCGCCCCGCUCUGUGUGACAUGGCUCAUUCACAAUACACUGUAGAUCCUCCGCUGCGGUUUUACUCACGGAAUCCGCGGCGGCGAAUCAGCCUAAUGUGACAUCAGCCAAAGACAGACCGCCGCGGGACCUCAAUAAUGAAAUAUGAAUGCGAUAAAACACAUACGGCGGGCGGGUGUGUACGGUUCCAAAAUCACUGUUGUACGAUUCCUCGUUCGCUGCGGUGGCCCGAUGAAGAUGAUGCGCCGCAACGGUUUUGUGAGAGUAUUAGUGUUUAUGCGCUUUUGAAAGGUGUAAAUAAAGCAAGGCAAUAAUAAAUGCACUAUCAGGUGAACCAAUACGUGAAAACUACUCUGCGGUCAUGUAGCUGCGGAUCCUCGAAUUCCAUCCAAAUUGUCGAGAAAUGCAAUAUUUCAGACGUUUGUGAUCAACUUCUCUCUCCAUCUCGUUCAGGUAAACAUCCACUCUUCCGUUUUCCUCAAUUCUGUCUUUAUAUACCACCCUUCUAAUCCGCUUACUGUCCCAAUAGUUGUACCUUGUACCAUAUACUCGUCUUGAAUCCGUCUAUGAACAUAUAAUAAUGGCAGAUAGUGAAACCGUCGAAAGCCGCUGAAUGUGUUUUACAUGAAGCUCCUGCUGCGACUUGUCAUUGCAAAAAUCGCGCGGUAGAGCCGUCUAGUGUGUUUCCACGCUUAGAUAUUCAUCAAGUAUGCUAUAAAGGUCCUCGCAAUAGUAUUAGUUAGUAUUAGGCGUGCAAAAUAGCGCACACACACUGCACGCUAUUUUAUACGUGUGAGUAGUUUUCGUGUACGCUACAAAAAAACCUAGCUCAUCUGUAGCGUUCGUCAAACCACGGUGAACUCAAACAUCGAUGCAUACAAACGUGUAUGGGAGAGAGAGAGAGAGGAACGAAUUCGUUUUGGGGGAAGUCACUUCAAAAUGCAAUUAAGACAAUUUGACUGGGAAGAAUGGAAUGAUAUAGACGAGUCGGUAGAGGGAGAUAGCGGCUAAACGCCCGACUGACUGUUCAGUCGUUUUUUCGGAGAAACUGCGUGAAGAGCCAAAAGUCAUUUACCGACUGACUAUGGAUAUAGUCAGUCGGUUAGUCAGCCGACUAUCCUCAGUUGACUAUGACUAUGUCGCGCUCUGAUUAUUACAAUUAUCAUAUAUUCUACUGUCAGUCACCGGUGACCGACGCGGCCUGAACGAAAACUCAGUGUCAGUCACCGGUCACCGUGGCCAGCGUUGCCAAUGUUCCAGUUUAAACUGGAUUCUUCUAGUUUUUUUUCCUCGAUCCAGUCAAACAGUUAAACCUUAAAAUCUUCCAGUUUUUUUAAAUAUUGUCCAGUUCUAUCCAGUUUUUUUAUAUGUGUGCUGCAGUUUUACCAAUUUCAUGUGAAAUGAAUUCACAAUGCAUAAAUAUUAUUCCUCCCUCACCUUGCUAUCCCUCAAACAAUUUUGUUUUUGACAUUAUUCGCUAGGUUUUGAUGGACGUACAUAGGAAUCAAAGACAAUGCAAGGACAUUAGCUUUCAAAGAAAUUAAUUUAAAAUUAUCUUUUUAGAUAAAUUUGCCCAAACAUAUAAAUUUCCAUGUACGGGGUAAGUGGAGGGCCAUCAUAUAUAUAUAUAUAUAUAUAUAUAUAUAUAUAUAUAUAUAUAGAUCGAUCGGAGGUAUAUUUACCUUGGAUUGAUCCUUUCUUAUAGCGGGUUUACAUUAGGGAGAUCUAUAGCUAUAGAUGGAUUUAUUCACGUGAAAAUAGGUGUAAACGGGUGAGAAUAAAUAUGAUACACUUAUUCGAGGUAUAUAUAACUUGAAAAAAUUCAGUAUAUGUAAACGCUUGUGAAUUUCUCACUGGUGAGAAAUCACUAAAGUUGGAUGCAGAUCUACUUUAGGUGAAUAAAUUCGCCGAAAAUAUGAAUAUGUUCAUUAUAGAAGUUCACGCUAAUGUAAACGGUUGAUGCGAUUUCUAUAAAUCUCAUCAUAUUUCUAAACAUGAAUAUAUCACUAGUCUAAACCCACCCUUACACACUCUCAGUAUUAUUUUCUUUAAGCACUGGAGAAAACCAUUAGUAAAUGCAGCUACCAAAUCUUUAGUAGUUGAAACAUUGGUAAAAUUUACACAUGUUUUGUACAUAUUACCAAAAUUCUGUAAAACUAUUGUCAGAUACAAUUUACAUCCCUACCAAUGAUUCGUAAAUUUUACUUCAUAGCAUAAGUAAUCUCUAGUAUGUUCAUAACUAGCAACUGUGUGUGCAAUCGCCAUUCCUCUAGUGGAAGAGAAUCGAUUCGGAGGAAAAUGAUGUUUUGUUAUGAUUCAUUUUACCUAAAUAUUUUUCUUUUUCAGUUUCUAACCGCAGAAAACAAUAACGAAUGUUUUACGCGGGCGUAAAACGAAAAGCUGAUAAGUGAUAAGGAGCGAAAUGUUUUUUGGACAAACUAAUCAUUGGAGGCUAAAAACGACAGAAAUCCACGUGCAUUGCGAUGACGAGAUUUGAUUGAUGCUCCGACUAAUGUUUACUUUCUCCUUCUUCCGUUUUCAACAGAUCACAACCAGCCGCAGCAAUGAAUUGCUCCCCCUCGAUCGACUCGUCGUCCCAGGAAGCGAUGGGUAUCAGUAUGGCUAAUCGUACCGCCAGCAGCGUGAAGCAACUGUUACGUACCGAGCAAUUGUCAGCAAACAAAAAAUUACAAUUCGGACAAAAUCGACUCAGAUGAGGAGCAGUAGCACCAGCGCAGAUCGUCUGUGCUGUUUCAGUUACACACUGUCUGCAGCAAAAAUUUUCACCAGCUGAUGGACAACUUGUUCGAAAGUUCGAUAGUUCCAAUCACAUCGCCACAACAAUAACAACUACAGCGGGAAGCGUCCGCACUCGCUUAUCACGGCUAGCAACAAUCUAAAGCAGCUCUUUGCGAUGGCACUCAGCGACGACUACCAACAGCAGCCCACAAACCCUACCAUCAAAGCACGAUUUCCGGAGCAUAUCCGGUCGCUCAACAACAGAAAAUUCACGUCCGAGGGUUAACGGAGAGUCAUUUUGUGUAUAAAAUUGCUCCAAAGUGAUUUCGUUCGCUUCCUCGCUGGAACCGUCGGCGAAGAUAACGGUACGAACCUGGUGUACGAGAACUAUUUUACUUAAAUUUCGAUUUUUUUGUCAGAUCCGAUGUUCCGCUGCACAAGCGACGAGGAGGGGCUGGUGGCUUCCUGGCAAGAGCAACAACUGCGACACAGAAGAUUCAAAUCAAUCGUCGAAACAGCAGAAGGAAAAAUCCACCUGCAAGCUAGGCCCAAACCAAGUCAGCUGCCUCUACUGUCAAUGCAUGUUCCCCUCGGACAACUUCAGGAGACUGUUAUCUCGUCGAAUGAUUUACUCAUUACAGAUUCCGCCGCGAAGGAGUAUUUUACUGACAUUGACCUCCAAGGGAGAACCGUUAGAAAACAGAAAAGAAAGGUCCUCGAUUCAAAGCUAUAAUGCGGCCGAGUGAAAAACAUACAACAUACAUGCAGCUUCCAUCGGGAUUACCAGUGAAAAUAUAAAUCAGGCUAUUCCAUGUGUUGAACGCGAUAGGGGCACCCGUGAUCAACGUGACCACAUCAAAAAGAGCAAAGAGCGUACGACAUGCAUUAUCGAGGAUUUGUGUUUCGAUAUCCCAUCCGAGUAUGUACGACGUGGUUCCGAUUUCCAUCUUCAAAUCACCUUCGAAGUUGAGGAUGAAUUGAUGUAAUUUGCGAUUCGGGUCGCGUAGCGAGAACGACGAGGUGGAUAUAUGGGAAGCACUGAGAGUCCAACUGCCACUAACAUCAAACUUCUACGAAGGCGAUAAGUUGCGAAGGCUUGUGAAAAACAUCUGCCGCACUCAAGGCAUUUUUCAUAACGAAACUCAAUUUUUGUAUUUCAACCAUGUAGUUCUGCCUAAGCUUUAGAGGAUGAGGAUGCCCGAAAAAGCAUGCUAUUGAGUACUGUAAUACAAAACUCACUCGUUAAAAGCCUACUGGAAAAGCUUUUCAAUAAUUAAAGAUAAAAAUAUUUCAACACAGCUUUUGAAAUAUAUAUUCAGAACACAUUUUUAAUAUCCCUAAUCCCAAUUACAAAUGAGAACCAUCAAUUUCACUUGUACCGAUGGUGGGCCAACAAAUCAGCCAACACUGAACUGAAAAUUGAGCCAACACUGGACUUAUAAACCGUAGUUUCGUUUGGCAUUGGUGUCUACCAAUUUUUUUUCGUAGGAUGUACCAAUGAUUAGUAGAGUCGAAAAUUACUAACGAAUUGGUAAUAUUUACCAAAAAAUUCGUCAUAUUUACUAAAUAUUUAUCUCAGUGUGCUUACACUUCCGAAUUCAAUACGGUAAUCGCAGCGGAGUCUGCGAUCUAGAGAUGGGCAAAACAGUUCACUUUGAUGAACGGUUCACUCAUUAACCGUUCAUCUAAGUGAAUCAGUUCUUUUGAACCGUUCUUUCGCUCUUUCGUUCAGCGGUAUUAAGAACAACAUAGAAUGUUAGCUGGAACCCAACACCAAUAGAUAGCUAUAAUUUGAUAUCGUUGGAUUGGAUAGUGUACGUAUGGGAUUUAUAUUUUUGAAAUUUAGUGGGGAAAGAUAAGCUGCUUCUUCUUUAAAAGUCGCAAACUGUAUGUGAAAAUAUGUUUAUCGGUCGAUAAAAGUUUAUGUAAUAAUUUGAUGCGCGCAAAAUAUGUGCAAUUUUUCAUAUUCUCUUUUUGGACAACACACAGGUUCCAUGUAAGAUCAUAUUUCAUAAUGUUCAUUCAGGGGAAAAAAUCAGCAGCGAUUUUCACUAACAAACAAUCACGAUAACACGUACACGCAAUAGGCCAAACAAUGAAUUGAGAGCAACGAAAAAAAUUUGCCCUCACUAUAAGAUUUUAUGUUUACCUAAUCCAUGAAUCGCCCCAGCUUCCCCCAGAUUUUUUUUCUGAUAAUCGGGAAAUAUGAAUGUUACGCGGAAUUGAAAGAAUACAUGAAAUUGAAAAUAUAUA